CGGAUGCAUUUCAUCCUUGGUUUUUGUUACCGCCGCCUUAAACACAACGUAACCCCCCCUCCAGAUAUUCAGGCUUGGGCCCGACUUCUGGACUUCAAUCAACCCAGCAUGGCGGCCGCCUCCUCCUCCUCCUCCGCCUCCUCCUCCUCCUCCUCCUCCUCCACGCUCUCCUCCGCCGUAAUCAAGAAAAUUGUCCUCUCCUACACCUAUGUGGCCAUCUGGAUCUUCCUUUCCUUCACCGUCAUCGUCUACAACAAGUAUAUCCUCGACCGCAAGAUGUACAACUGGCCCCACCCAGUUUCCCUCACCCUCAUCCACAUGGGCUUCUGCUCCACCCUCGCCGUCCUUCUCGUCCGCGUUUUCCGCCUCGUCGAGCUCCCCGCCGCCAUGUCCCUCCGCCUCUACCUCACCUCAGUAGUCCCGAUCGGAGCCCUCUAUGCCCUCUCUCUCUGGCUUUCCAACUCCGCCUACAUCUAUCUCUCUGUUUCCUUCAUCCAGAUGCUCAAAGCCCUCAUGCCUGUAGCCGUCUACUCCAUCGGCGUCCUCUUCAAGAAAGACUCCUUCCAAAAUAACACCAUGACCAAUAUGCUUUCAAUCUCCCUCGGCGUCGCCAUCGCCGCCUACGGCGAGGCCAAAUUCGAUACAUGGGGAGUCAUUUUACAGUUGGGCGCCGUUAUUUUUGAGGCCACCAGAUUGGUUUUGAUCCAAAUCCUUCUCACAUCCAAAGGAAUCAAUCUAAACCCAAUUACUUCCCUCUAUUACGUAGCCCCCUGUUGUUUUGUAUUUCUGCUAUUUCCAUGGGUGGCGAUGGAGUUGCCUUUACUCAGGGAAAACUCCAGUUUCCAUUUCGAUUACUUCAUCUUCGGGACGAAUUCGCUCUGCGCGUUCGCCUUGAACCUAGCGGUGUUUCUGCUUGUGGGUAAAACGUCCGCGUUAACCAUGAACGUCGCCGGCGUGGUCAAGGACUGGUUGCUGAUCGCAUUUUCCUGGUCGGUGAUCAAGGACAUGGUCACCCCGAUCAAUUUGUUCGGGUACGGCCUCGCAUUUUUGGGCGUUGCAUAUUACAAUCAUUCCAAGUUCGAGGCUCUUAAAGAGAAGGAGGCACAGAGGAGGGCGGAGGAGGUAGACGACGAGGAGGCCGGAAAAUUGCUGCAGCCGAGAGAAGGCGAAGGAAAUGCAGGGAAGAAUUAAUUCCAAGGUUAAUUUUGAUUUACUAGAGUUGUUUCUGUUUUUUUUUUCCCCCAUUUUAGAGAAAUAUAUGAUGAAAAUAAUUCUUUAAGAAAAGCACUGAAUUACACAACAAUAUAAAUCAUUAGAUAGGGCUAAUGAUUUUGAGAGCCAUCCUCAUUUUCGAAAUUAUAUAAAAAACAUUAAGGAAAUUCAGAAAUCAGAUUUGGGGUUUAUGGCCAUGUAUGAUAUAUUGGAUAUUUGUUUUACCUUCUACUCUAGUUCCAAAAAGAGUCCACCUCAAAAGAAAUUCCUAAGAGAGUCUAAUUCUUAGAAGUUUUUGUUAUUUUAUAGUCUUGGCUGUAUCAGAAUUACAUAAUAAAAACUUUUUGAUGUGAAAGAGUUUAUUAAGGGUUUGUCCUUGAAUUAAGAAUUUUAUAUUUU